ACCUGACAAUAGCAGAGGAAAGAGGAGAGAGAGUCGGAGAGACAAAAAUAUAUCUCCUCCAAAUUCCUUCCUCUCAGUAUUUUUUUUCCUCUGAGCCUCUCUCUUUCUCAGUCCGUUCUGGUCUGUGUAGCUGUGUGCUGUAUCCCACUUCUGUUCAUUGUUCAAUUACCAACAAAAAACCGACUUGGGUCUGCUAAAAUGGGGAGAUUUUCACUACCCAUAAUGGGUUUCAUGCUAUUAUGCUGCAUGGCAGCUCUUACUGAAGCAGGAUACCUGAAAUACAAAGACCCAAAGCAGCCAUUGGGUGCUAGAAUCAAAGACCUCAUGAAGCGAAUGACUCUGGCCGAAAAGAUUGGCCAAAUGGCGCAGAUCGAGCGCAGUUCUGCCACGCCCGAUGUGAUGAAGAAUUACUUCAUUGGGAGCGUUUUGAGUGGUGGAGGGAGUGUACCGGCUCCGAAGGCCUCAGCGGAGACUUGGGUGAAUAUGGUGAAUGAGCUUCAAAAGGGUUCUCUAUCCUCCCGUCUUGGAAUUCCGAUGAUUUAUGGGAUUGAUGCAGUUCACGGCCACAACAAUGUGUACAAUGCCACUAUUUUCCCUCACAAUGUUGGGCUUGGAGUGACCAGGGAUCCUCAACUUGUCAGGAGGAUUGGAGAGGCAACAGCCCUUGAAGUUAGAGCUACUGGAAUUCCUUAUGUUUUCGCUCCAUGUAUUGCGGUUUGCCGGGACCCGAGAUGGGGUCGAUGCUACGAGAGUUACAGUGAGGACCCUAAGAUUGUUCAAAAAAUGACAGAGAUUAUACCUGGUUUGCAAGGAGAAAUCCCUGCCAAUUCUCGAAAGGGUGUUCCCUUUGUUGCUGGAAAACAAAAGGUUGCAGCCUGUGCUAAGCACUUUGUGGGAGAUGGUGGCACGACCAAGGGCAUUGAUGAGAAUAACACUGUGAUUGAUUUAAAUGGAUUGCUCAGCAUCCACAUGCCCGCUUACUAUAACUCCAUCAGCAAGGGGGUUGCAACAGUUAUGAUAUCGUACUCGAGCUGGAAUGGGAAGAAGAUGCAUGCUAAUCGUGAUCUUGUCACUGAUUACCUCAAGAACAAGCUAAAGUUCAAGGGUUUUGUCAUAUCAGAUUGGCAGGGUAUUGAUCGGAUUACCUCCCCUCCCCAUGCUAACUAUUCAUACUCUGUUGAAGCUGGAGUUGGUGCUGGAAUCGACAUGAUCAUGAUUCCUAAUAACUUCAACGAGUUCAUUGAUGAGCUAACCAAGCAGGUGAAGAACAAAAUUAUCCCAAUAAGCAGGAUUGAUGAUGCUGUGAAGAGAAUCUUGAGGGUUAAAUUUGUCAUGGGCCUCUUUGAGAAUCCACUAGCUGAUUUCAGCCUGGUCAACCAACUUGGUAGUAAGGAACAUAGAGAAUUGGCAAGGGAGGCUGUAAGAAAAUCACUUGUGCUACUAAAGAAUGGAAAAUCUGCUGACAAGCCCUUGCUUCCCCUUCCCAAGAAAACAGCAAAGAUACUAGUUGCAGGAAGUCAUGCUGACAACCUGGGCUAUCAAUGCGGAGGCUGGACGAUUAUGUGGCAGGGUCUUGGUGGCAAUGAUCUCACAACUGGUACGACAAUCCUGAGUGCCGUGAAAAGUACAGUUGAUCCUACUACCCAGGUUGUUUACAGUGAGAAUCCUGAUACAGAGUUUAUCAAGUCCAACAACUUUGCAUUUGCCAUUGUUGUUGUGGGUGAGCCCUCAUAUGCAGAAAUGUAUGGUGACAGCAACAAUCUAACUAUACCGGAGCCUGGUCCAAGCACUAUCAAUAAUGUGUGUGGCGCUGUCAAAUGCGUUGUUGUUGUCAUUUCUGGCCGCCCUGUAGUAAUCCAGCCGUACCUUGCAAAAAUAGAUGCACUUGUGGCGGCUUGGCUUCCGGGAACCGAAGGUCAAGGUGUUGCUGACCUAUUGUUUGGUGACUAUGGAUUCACGGGCAAGCUUGCUCGUACGUGGUUGAAGACAUUGGACCAGCUCCCAAUGAAUGUUGGUGAUCCACAUUAUGACCCUCUAUUUCCAUUUGGGUUUGGCUUGACAACUAAAUCUACCAAGAACUAAUACACCGGUUAGGAUGGCUUCUUCUAUCCACUUCUCUCCUUUCCUAGCCUGGAAUUUUCUUAUUACUCUUGUACCAAAUAAGGAAAUACCAAAGGGGAGUGCUUGGUUGGUCCAAUUCUUCGAACUUGGAGUUGUAUGUAAUAUCUACUGCUUUGAAGCAUUUGAUUCCAACAGCUAUUUGAGUGAUAAAUUUUCAACUUGAGUUCAGUCAAAAUUUUAGAGAGGUUCAGGCUCGUUCUUAGUCGUCCAGGGAGGCAAUAUUUUUCAUUGUAUCAAAGCUUUGGCUUGCUCCAGUUCAAGAAAAAAAACACUUUAUGGCUUC